UUUGUCUUAGCGACUGCUGACUGUGUCAGUUUGAAACUUAUCACAUUGUAAUGUCAGUUCUUCAGUCUCCGUGUUUAGAUUUUUUUGCUACUGGUGGACUCUUUCUUGUUGAUAUCCUAGAAAAUGUCGUAUGUUAUACGUCAACAACGGCUCCUGAUAAGGUUUACACUAGUCUUAUUUGUGACUUGCCAUCAUUUCAUUCUGUUUACAAAUCUAUUUUAUCCAUAAUUUUUCUCAAAGUCCAAGUAAUCUGUUCUGAUGUAGUUAUUGUUCUUGCAACUGCUGAAGCAAUAGAAAUUCUCCAGUUCUCACACAUGUCUUUAAAGUAUCCACAAAGGACAAAGUUCAUUGAGUAUGUGCUACGAAACCCCCCUGUUCUACGAAUCGACCCAUCUUUCUCUUGCGUUGUUAUUGGUGAUGAAAAGUACUUAAAAGCAUGGCAUCUCAAGGUUUCUUGUUCUUCUGAAUAAUCUUUCCAGGAAACUCAAAAUAUUGUGGUUUCAAUGGGAUCGCAAUCAACCAAUAUUAAAGACAUUAGUUUCCAUAACUCUGUUCCACAAUAUGCUUUCGUACUUAUUGAUGACCUGUCGUGUAGAAUUUGGGAUAUACAAGCUUGCAAAUUAAUACAUUCUAUAAGUUUUCAAAAAAUUACUGCAUUUAGUUCAAGUUUGAUCGAUGGUUGUAUUCCACUAGGCACAAAAGAUGGCCAGAUCUUAUCUUUCUGCCCUCAUUCUUUCAAAUGCAUUCAGUUGUGUGCACUUCCUGAACCAACAGUCAAUAAUGAUGUUGGCCACCGAAAGACUAGUCAGAUCAUCCACCCAACAAGUGAAAGGCCUUCAUGGUCAAAAAAUGCAGCCUUUAAUCCAUCCAUAUCUAUGGAGUUCUCAAAUGAAAUAGUUGCAUUCACAACAGUGGACUUGAUAUCUCUUCAUUCCGAAAAUGAUGUACCGAAGACUCCUGAAUCCGGGUCCAGUAUAUCAAUCAUCCUGUCACGCGCUAGAUUAUACGUACUGGAUAUGUCCAAUCAUAAUGUUAUGGCUAGCUGGAGUUGGGUGGAUCUUAAGCUUUCUAACUGGAACUACAUAUAUAAUGCAGAAAUUACUAGCACUUCAAAUGCUGUGAACUUUUGGAUUCGCGGUAAGAAUGACUCUGUUGGAUUUUUUACCAUACCGUUGGAAAAUGUUUCUGCAGCAAAUGGACGUGAAAAUCUUUCAAACAGUUCUCCAUAUCUAUCAUUUAUUGCCAAAUAUGAUCUGUUAACGAAUUCCGUGUUGAAUACUUGCAAUAAACAUCAACUCUUUCAAAAUAAUGACAGUAACAGAAAUAAAAGUCAAUUUUCAACAUUGAGUAAAACAUCAUUAGAUAAACCAGUUACAUUUGGACAUAAAAUCAAAUCUUCUGGUUAUGCAAAUCAAGAACCAAUGCGUAAAAUGUUUCAUCCUUUGAUUUAUGGACGUUCAAAACAAAGAAACACUAUGAAGUUAGGAAAUGAAGGGAAGCUUGAAAAACUAACUAAAUCUUAUCCGAAUACUGAUGAGCUUCCAAAUGUUCUUCAACUAAGUGGAUAUGUCGACUCUUGUACUACACCAAUCUAUAAAGUUGCCUAUUCACCUAAUGGCAAUAGCUUGGCAUCAUGUUUGGGUAAUGGAAUUUGUCUGAUUACUCAACGUGAUCAAAACACUUUGGAAGAAAAACGAAAGAAGUUAUUUUCUUCAGCCGAAGCAUUACGUGGUCAUUUAGGUCCUGUUCUCUGGGCUUCUUGGUCGAUGGAUAGUUGUUUGUUGUUAACUUGUUCAUCGGAUCGAACUGCACGUAUUUGGAGAAUAGGUGUAAAAGGAUCGAAUAAAAAUGUGACUACUAAAAUUGGAUCAGUAACUCAACUUAUAUUCGAUUCAAUACAUAAAGGAGCUACAAAUGAUUACGGAGAAAAAGUUAACCUGAAGAAGAAAACUACUUAUCGUCAUGUACCAUUUGAAGAUAAUAUAUCUAUUGGAAACUUUUAUUACAUGGAUUCAUUUGUAUAUUUGGUUAGUAAAAAUAUUAUUCGUUUAUAUACAUAUACAUUAUCGAAUAAUGAGAAUAUUCUUAAAAAAAGUUUUGCCAAUAACAGUUAUAAAUUAGUUGGUGAAUUUCCAAUAUCCACUUGUAAUCAAUUAACUUCUGUGGCAUCUGUAAACCUUUUCUAUUCAUACUUGUUAGUGUGUGCCGGAUCAGAUCGACGUUUAUCCAUUUUAGAUUUAAACUGUGGACAGGUUAUUCAGGAAAUUCAAUCUGCUCAUAAUAAGUGUAUUACAGGAAUUGCAUUAAAUCAGGGAUCGUUAUAUUCAAGCUUCAAUGACUCAAUACAAAAUACUACAACACUUGGUACAGGAUAUACAGUAUAUGCAACAGUAGCACCAAAAGAUUGUAUACAAAUAUGGGACCUUAGAGAAAGUCGAUAUCCUGUAUUAAAAUUGGCUAGAUUUUCAUCUGAAAUAUACUCAAGUGGAUCAAGUAGAAAUGCUCUUAUUCCACCUGUGACAGCAGUAUUUAGUCCAUGUGGAACAAAAUUAUUAGUAGGAGGUACAAUGGAUGUUAAUCAGUCAUCACCUGUUAUAUAUGAUGUAAGAAAAGCUUGUUCACAUCCCCUAGCCAUAUUAAACCAUGAAAUACGAACGAAUAAUAGUCCAUCUACUGUAGUGGAUUGGCAUCCGUCAAAGCCUGAGGUAACUACUGGAUCUCAUGAAGGUAUACUCUCAAUCUACGGAAUUCAUAGAACGCAAGUCAAAUAUACCACAUAAUUCGCGAACUCUUAUUGCCAAUGUUUUAUAAUAGUGUUAUUGAUAAAUGCCUUUUUGGAUCGAAAUAUAUGUGUAUAUGUAUCAUAUUCAUUGUCGAAUGCAUGAAACUUGACUUCAUCUUAUAUUGAUUUUAAGUAAUCAUCAACAUUCGAUAACCAUAGUUCAGCACACAAAUGAUAGUACUCUUUGUAUGUUGACUAGUUCUUAUGUGCUACAUAAUUGUGUUGUACACUUUCACAGCAUGUACGUUCUUGUAGAUGAAUAUUGAAAAAUAAAUUAUUUCCUG